UGGCCAGGGCGCCGCGCUGCCUGUCAGUCAGCGCUCAGGGACAGUUUGACCCUCGCUGCUCCGCAGAAAGCUGCUGUAAGCCGAACCGGACCGGAGCCCAACAGUUUCCACUGAGCCGCCGCUGUCGGAACCGGAACCGACCCGAACCGGUGAACUGAGCCAUGCGGUUCUGACCCGGUCCGGACCGGUGGAUGAGUCCAGAGCUGCAGCUGAGCGUCGCUGUGCCACAGGAUGAACGGAUUCGAUCCUCCAGCUCUGAACAUCUUCAGCUCCAACAUCAACGGACUCGGCGCUCCGUCUCCGGAUCCCCCCAGGAAUAAAGCCAAGAGUGGUGCCAAAGCUCUGUAUGAACAAAGGAAGAACUUCUCCAGAAGCAGCAUCAACAGCCUGACGGACACGUCGCAGUACCAGGUGGAGCACCUCACCACGUUCGUUUUGGACCGGAAAGAUGGGAUGAUCACGGUGGACGACGGAGUGCGGCGGCUGCGCCUGCUGGACGCCAAGGGGAAGGUGUGGACGCAGGAAAUGCUGCUGCAGGUGGAGGACAAGGCGGUCAGCCUCAUCGACCUGGACUCACAGAACGAGUUGGAGAACUUCCCCAUCGGCUCCGUCCAGCACUGCCAGGCGGUGAUGAACGCCUGCAGCUACGACUCCAUCCUGGCGCUGGUGUGCAAAGACUCGGGUCAGAGCAAGGCGGACCUGCACCUGUUCCAGUGCGACGACAUCAAGGCGAAUCUGAUUCACCUGGACGUAGAAAGUGCCAUGAUCGAUGCCAAAGGGGGCAAAGUGAAGAAACGACCCGAGACGCUGAAGAUGAUCCUGAAGAGCGACGGCACGAUCCCGCCUCCACCCACCACCCCCGCCCCCGAGGCGCCAGCCUCAUCCAAUCAGGACAACAGGGGGCGGGUCGCCGCCUGGUCGGCAUGGGCCAAUGAACAGCAGCACUGCGAGCAGCAGCGGCCGUCGCAGGACGACGGCGCGGCGGACAUGGCGGCGCUGCGGGUGGAUCGGGAUGUGCAAAUUCUGAACCACAUCCUGGACGACGUGGAGUUCUUUGUGACGAAACUGCAGAAGGCGGCCGAGGCGUUCGGCGAGCUGAACAGGAGGAAGAAGGGCAAGAAGGGCAAGAAGAAAGGGCCGGGAGAGGGCGUCCUGUCCCUGAGGUCCAAGCCUCCCAGUGAAGAAGAGUUUGUGGACUGCCUGCAGAAGUUCAAACAUGCCUUCAACCAGCUGGCGAAGCUGAAGGACCACAUUCAGAACCCUAGUGCCGUGGAUCUGGUCCACUUCCUGUUUACCCCGCUCAGGAUGGUUGUCCAGGCGUCCGGCGGUACCGAGCUGGCCCGGAGCGUCCUGGUUCCGCUGCUCAGCAGAGACGCCAUCGAGUUCCUCCACGCCACAGGGACGGAUGAGGAGCGCCACCUGUGGGUGACUCUGGGCGAUGGCUGGACCAAGUGCAGACUGGAGUGGCCGAAGGAUCACUAUUUCCCUCAGGUGGGGCUGCGGUUCCGGGACGGCUGGGAGCCCCCCGUGGUUCCGGCUGUGGCUCCGAGUCGGGAGCAGGAACUCCUGCAGCUGGCCGAGAGCCUGGUGAACGCCGACGCCCGCGGUCUGGAGCAGGGGGCGCUGCAGCGGUUUCCUCUGGCUGACGGGUACGCUCUCCAUAACUCCGCCCACAAACGCUUCCAGGUCCUGGACCAGAACACGGCCGUGGCUGCUUUCAAACACGCCGUCAGCCGCCGUGUGGACCGGAGUUUGGACCCGCAGAUCCGACUGGAUCAGAACCUUUUUGCCAAAUCAAAGUACGACUUUGUGGCGAGGAACAAUACGGAGCUGUCGGUUCUGAAAGACGAACUCCUCGAGGUUUUGGAUGACCGGAAGCAGUGGUGGAAGGUCCGGAACGGCGCCGGCGCCGCCGGCUACGUGCCAAACAACAUCCUGGAGCUGACCAGAACCUCGGACCUGACCGGCCGUGGAGACCCGGUCUACAGCCACACCAUCCAGCUCAUGAUGCCUAAGAAGGAGUUUGAGUUGUUUAAGAAACAGACCACAAAGUCGGACCCACCUCCAGGUAAACCUCAGAUGUCUGAGGUUCCGUCGUCGCCCGCCCCCAACCGGCUCCCCACGCCGCCGCUUCCUCCCCCCACUGCAGAACCUGGCAAACCGAGCGGCGCCGCACUCAGCCGCAACAACAGCAGCACAUCAAGCGACGCCGGCGGCACUGCCACAAGGGAGCCGGUUGCCCAGAGAGCCGCCGUCGCAGGACGCAGGAAGUCCAACAUGGAGGAGGUCCAGGACGAGCUGGUCCACCGGCUGACUUUGGGUCGGAGCGCCCAGAAAAAGUUCCAGGUUCCGUCUCAGAGCAACAGCGGCAACCUGCCGGCUCCAGGAAUCACCUACGACUCUCCGCCAGACGAAGUGAAGGCCUGGCUGGAGGCCAAGGGCUUCAGCCCAGUGACGAUCAGCAGCCUGGGCGUUCUGACCGGAGCCCAGCUGUUCUCCCUCAACAAGGAGGAGCUGAAGACGGUUUGUCCCGAUGACGGGGGACGGGUCUUCAGCCAGGUGACGGUCCAGAAGGCGGCGCUGGAGAAGAGUUCAGGCUCUGAGCUGCAGGAGAUCAUGAGGAGGCGGCAGGAGAAGCUAGCAGCUAGCACCGUCGACUCGGGGGUGGAGUCUUUCGACGAAGGCAGCACCCACUGAGCGUCCGCCGUCUGUUUCUCCUGCUCUCCACCCACAGGUGGCGGCCGACCGGGCCGAGUUCGUGGAGAUCAUGCGGCGCAGACAGGAACUGCUCAGCUCGUCGCCGUAGCAACAGAUAGACAUCCAGAAAUCACAGAACCUUCUGCCAUGUUUGCCUGAACUUCACAGGGACGUUUUGCUACUUGUAGCUGAUUUUUCCAAAGCGAAGCCUCACAGUAUUAAUGUCGCACAGCCUGCAGGCAGCUCUUUGUGCCUCGGGUUUUAUUCUCACUUCCUGGAAGGCAGAAAAACGUUCAUGCAUAAAUUCUUCUCUAAUUUGUACUUAUAGCAAAAUCAUUCCAUUUUCCUGCCAGUUCCUGGAUUUAAAUGAAACUUUGUCAGAUUGUGAAGUAAAUAUGAAGAAUUCUGCUGAUAAUAUUCAUCUCCGCGUGAAUGUGAAGCUGGAUUUAUUUCUCUGGAUCAUAAAGUUUAAUUCACAUGUUUAUAACCUGGAAUACUCCAGUUCUUCUGUGACCGAAUGGGAUAAAAAUCCAUGAGAAGCACAAACUGAGGCUGCUGAGUUAAUAAACGUAGACUGAUCCGUUUAAGAUCAACAUGUUCACUUUCCGAUGCCGUUCUGAGGCUGUAGGCGUUAACUUUUAAACGAAAGGGUGAUAUAUUAAUGAUUCAUUUAAGAUCAAACUGCUGUAAACCGAUUUAUUCUAGAUUUGAUGAUUUUCAGAUAUGAGAAUGUAUUUGAGCUCAAGGUGAAGACUGUAGGACUGUCAUGAAUGUAGACGACCGGCCGAGCUUCACUGAUGUCUUCUCCAAGCUCCACCCACAUGUGCACGUGAGUCAUCCCACCGGAUCCGGCUGAAGCAGAACCGGGUCGUACCGAUGUGAAAACAUCUGCUGAAAGAAGAGGAAGUUGGCGUGUGAAUUGUAGCACUGCUGCGGUGUAAUGAGACUGAUAAAUGUGAGCUACUUUGCUUUAAACAUGAUUAGAGAUCUUUGUACCCAAUCAGGUGUAGCGGCCAAUCAGAAAGCAGCAUUAGUAGUUUUCAUCGUGCCUUUUUCCAUCUAAAUGCUCAUUCUGCAAUAAAGGAUUUCCAUAAA